AUGCAUGUCGCUCACCGGAGCGAGAUUAGCAAAUCUGUCAAACUUGAGCGCUGGCUUCUUGAAUUCCUCGCCUUUACUGGAAUGCAUAACGAUGUCAUGGACUUUGAGCAAAACCAUCGCGACGCUAUAUCCGAGAACUUCAAACUCUGCGAGACAGAUUUCUUGCUUGAUGAAAUACUUGGAAGUGUUUCUUUCCUCCGGACAUCAGACAUAUCGCUGGACAAGCGCGACCGAAACUAUCACUUCAUACACCUGACAUUCCAGGAGUACUUUGCGGCGCGGUAUUUCGUACGGCAGUGGAAAGAGAAACAACCCCUCAAAUGUUUGGCACUCAGAGGUGGAAAAUCAACCGAGAGCAAGCCUGCCACUUUCCUUGAGAAGCACAAAUACGAUACUCGCUACGAUAUCUUCUGGCGCUUUGUCGCAGGAUUAAUAGAUGCCGGUGAGAUGGCCCUCGACUUCUUCCAGAUGAUUGAGAAGGAACCGCGCGAUAUCCUAGGACCUACGCACCAGCGCCUUAUCAUGCAUUGCCUAAGCGAAGUUGAGCGGAAGGAGUCGAAAUUCAUAGAACUUAGGGCAAAACUGGAAAAGCAACUGGAAAAGUGGGUGCUAUUCGAAUGCAACUUGAUGAAAAGUUCCAGGUUAUGCCGCGAAAUGGAGUGUCCAGAAAAUGUUCUGCUCCAUGUAUUAACACAAGCAUCUGAAGGCGAAAAAACGGUUCUUUUCGAAUCACUAUCUGGACGAACAACAGUACCGUUUGGUAUUAUAAAAGUCGUAUCUCCCUGGCUGACCAACCGCACCUCUGCACUCCAAUAUAAGGCUAUCUUGCGUCUGUUAAGAAACUACCAUAAUAACUUACCGGACGAGAUCUUAGAGAACAUCGCAGCACGACUCGAGGAUAAGGACCAGGGCGUCCGGGAGGCAGCAAUUCGGGCGCUUGGUGGCCGCGCCGACCUCCCCGACCAGGUGCUCCAAGUCAUCGUAGCACGACUCGAGCAUAAGGACGGGGGCGUCCGGUCGGCAGUAAUUCGGGCGCUUGGUGGCCGCGCCGACCUCCCCGACCAGGUGCUCCAAGUCAUCGCAGCACGACUCGAGGAUAAGGACCGGGACGUCCGGUUGGCAGCAAUCGAGGCGCUUCUGUGUCAACCAGCGUUAUCGUCAGAUGUCCUUAGCCCAUAUAUCCGAUCCUUUUCCGAGGCUUUACUGCAGACGAGCUUCGUAAAGCAUUUAUACUGGUACGCUUCAGACAGUGGUAUCAUAGGAACCAGUCUUGGACAUGUUUCUUUAACUGGUAAGCAACAUAACCUUAUGGAGGCGGUGAGGAACCUACUGUUAGAGAAGGUCGCCGCCAACGUAAAGGAUGGACAUAUACGGCUGGGUCCAGCAAAUCGCUCCCUUAAUCGGCCCCCAUUCCAUGCCCCCAGCCGGUUACCACUCUUACGAUAUCCCAAGGGUCAGUGUGUACAUCCCCUUUAUCAACAACCCCGCCCCCAACCCCACCGGCGUACAUAG